AGCGUCAUAUGUGUCCAGAGCAGGUCGACAGCCAUUCCGCCUUUCUAAUCUAGGAGGCCAUGAGAAACACCAGGGUCUUUUAAUGCAGGGCUCAAGUUUCUGGCGGACUCUCUUCUUGUACGGACCGCACAGGUCUUCCGCUGGCGCGUCCUUCUAGGGUAACAGCUGUUUGUGUCUUCACUCGCCAGAGUCACGUUUGCAACCUUGUUUUUCUUUAAGACUGAAGCCUCCAGCUCUGAUGCUGAGAGUAAAUUCUAAGUCUGGUCCGGCAACAGGCAAUUCUUUUAUUUCUCCGCCAGACUGAGUCACUAGACUCCGCCGCCCACAUUGCUUAGCAACAUUGCCCAGAGUCCCGGGGAUUGGCUUCUCCUAAGCCCCGCCCGACCACGCCCCCAGGCUCUGCUCUCCUUUCUCCCUUGGUGCUACUUCUGCACAGUCUGUGGAUUCCUCGGUGACAGCGGUGGCGGUCGUGGAGAUGGAUGUCAUCAGUGACACCGUGGAAGUGCUACCCCAGCACAAGUUCGACCUCAGGUCCCUGGAGACCUACCUGAAUCGGCACUUGCCAGGCUUUGGGUCAGAUCCCCAGGCUGUGUUGACUGUUACUCAAUACAGAUCAGGACAGUCAAACCCAACCUUUUUUCUCCAGAAAGGAUCUCAAGCAUAUGUUCUCAGGAAGAAACCCCCCGGCUCUCUUCUUCCCAAAGCACAUAAGAUUGACAGAGAAUUCAAGGUCCAGAAAGCCUUGUUUUCCAUUGGAUUUCCUGUUCCCAAGCCCCUGCUGUACUGCAGUGAUGCCUCCAUCAUCGGAACGGAAUUUUAUGUAAUGGACCGUGUGCAGGGUCGGAUCUUUCGUGAUUUUUCCAUUCCUGGAGUUAGCCCAGCAGAACGUGCGGCUAUAUAUGUGUCUGUGGCAGAAACCCUGGCGUGGCUACAUUCUCUGGAUGUACGCUCACUGGAGCUGGACAAAUAUGGUACUGGAGUCGGGUACUGCAAAAGGCAGGUGUCCACCUGGACGAAGCAGUACCAGGCUUCAGCCCAUCAGAGCAUCCCUGCCAUGGACCAGCUCUCCACGUGGCUGAUGAAGAACUUGCCAGAUAAUGACAAUGAGGAGUGCCUGGUCCACGGGGACUUCAAGCUGGACAACAUAGUUUUCCACCCCAAAGAGUGUCGGGUUAUAGCGGUGCUGGAUUGGGAGCUCUCGACCUUCGGCCAUCCCUUGUCAGACUUGGCCCAUCUUUCCUUGUUUUACUUUUGGCCCAGGACACUGCCCAUGAUAAACCGAGGCUCUCACAUUCAGGAGAACACAGGAAUACCGUUGAUGGAAGAACUGGUUUCAAUAUACUGCCACCGCAGGGGAAUUGAUCCUAAUCUCCCUAACUGGAAUUUCUUUAUGGCUCUCUCAUUUUUUAAAUUGGCCGGAAUAGCACAGGGGGUCUAUAGUAGAUACCUGAUGGGAAAUAACUCGUCUGAGGACAGCUUCUUCACUGCCAACACUGUGCAGCCUCUGGCAGAAACUGGAUUGCAGCUAUCAAAAAGAACUCUCAGCACUAUACCGCCACAGGCUGAUGUUAAGAGCCAGCUGUUUGCACAGAGCAGGAAAGGCCAGGAGGUUCUCACCAGAGUGAGGCAGUUCAUGAAGCACCAUGUCUUUCCUGCUGAGAAGGAAGUAGCUGAAUACUAUGCUCAAAGUGGAAACUCAGCAGAAAAGUGGGGACAGCCCUUAGUGAUAGAAAAACUAAAGGAAAUGGCCAAAGCAGAGGGCCUGUGGAAUUUGUUCUUGCCAGCUGUGAGCGGUCUCAGCCAGGUGGACUAUGCCUUAAUUGCUGAAGAGACAGGAAAAUGCUUUUUCGCUCCAGAUGUUUUUAACUGUCAAGCGCCAGACACAGGCAACAUGGAAGUACUGCACCUGUAUGGCAGCGAGCAACAGAAGAAGCAGUGGCUGGAGCCUCUCCUACGUGGAGAUAUCACCUCCGUCUUCUGUAUGACAGAGCCCAAUGUCUCAUCAAGCGAUGCCACGAACAUUGAAUGCACCAUCCAGAGAGAUGGAGGUGGCUAUAUAGUUAACGGCAAGAAGUGGUGGAGCAGCGGAGCUGGGAAUCCCAAGUGCAAAAUCGCCAUUGUUUUGGGAAGAACAGAGUCUCCCUCUGCAUCCAGACACAGACAGCACAGCAUGAUCCUCGUGCCGAUGGACACGCCUGGAGUGGAGUUAAUAAGACCUUUGUCGGUGUUUGGCUACAUGGACAAUGUGCAUGGCGGGCACUGGGAGGUCCAUUUUAAUCACGUGCGCGUUCCAGCCAGCAAUUUAAUACUGGGUGAAGGCAGGGGCUUUGAAAUUUCCCAAGGCCGCCUUGGACCUGGAAGAAUCCACCACUGUAUGAGAACCGUGGGUUUGGCAGAACGAAUUCUGCAGAUCAUGUGUGACCGGGCCAUGAAGAGGGAGGCCUUCAAGAAGAAGCUCUACGAACAUGAAGUCGUGGCUCACUGGAUUGCUAAAAGCCGUAUAGCCAUCGAGGAGAUCCGCUUACUGACCUUGAAAGCAGCUCACAGCAUAGAUACCCUGGGCAGUGCCUCAGCCAGGAAGGAGAUUGCAAUGAUCAAAGUGGCUGCCCCCAAAGCUGUCUGCAAAAUAGCUGACUGGGCCAUCCAGGUGCACGGAGGCGCGGGAGUUUCCCAGGAUUACCCUCUGGCUAACAUGUACGCCAUCAUACGCACCCUGCGCUUGGCAGAUGGCCCUGACGAAGUCCACCUCUCAGCGAUCGCCAAGAUGGAGCUUCGGGACCAAGCCAGACAGCUGACAGCCAGGAUGUGACGGAGCAACCCGGGGCACACUCUUGAUCAGCUCAAAACUUACGUCUCACAUCUCAUAUUUCUUGAGUAGUUUGAGCACAAGGCUAAUUAUUCACCCGUGGUAAAGAUUUUAGCAUCUAUUUUGAUCACUGGGUUUUAUAAUGUUAAGGUUCACACAGACAUGAGGUAAAUAGGAAACCCCAAAACUGCCAUUGAGUCUGGUGUCUAAUGGGUUAGCAUGUCCUUUAUACACGUGACCGUGAUGAGGUCACACUGAGAAUGGUAGAGCUAUUUCUGGAAUUAAGCCAUGUGAAUAGACACCCCAGGCCUAAAUAACCUUGUUCUGAAAUACAGGUAGCUGUACCCCUUUUAGCAGUGUUUUGGAGCUUAAGUUAACACCUCAGAGAAAGCUACAGCUUGAAGAUUUCGGAGUUCCCGAUAAGCCUCUUUCUAACCGAACAGGAAGUAGGUCUGAUGAAAGUUCACAAGGAAAUGCAGCAUGUUAGAACAGACGAUCAAGGCCACUUAGUUACAUAGAAAAAGCUGAGGAGAUCCCUCACGAGUUAGUACUACAUCAAAGCUCUGCAGCUCCCUGGGAGCUGGUCUGGUCAGGCGAGACCAGUUCUGUCAGAGGUGCCUCUGCAGUGCCACUGUGGGCCACCACAGCUCUCUGCAUCGAAAUGUCACUGGUGCAGCAGAGGACAACGGUUUACUACAGUAGAAAAGGCUUGAGUGGGUGGGUCUACUUUUUCAACUAUGAAUGUUUUGAAAUCUCAUCACAAAGAGAAAUAUUUUAAAUCAAAAUUUGGCAUCCAAAUAAACACAGUAAGUGUUUGCAUACUGGAUUUUGAAAACUUAACUGAAAAUAAUUUAAAAUAUCUACUAGAUAAUACCUUUACAUAUUGAUCCUACAUCGAAUUAUAUUUUGGAAAUACUGUAUUGAAUAAAAUAUACCCAAAUCUUUUCUGUUU